GAAAGUAACUAUCGAUAACUUUCGUAAAAAGAUAUUAAUCAACAAAAGGCAACAAAAACAGAAACAAAACAUUUAAUAAAACAUAAAGACGGUUUAAAUAUAAUUAAAUACAUACUAGAUACAUUCCCCAUCAAAAAUACAUUAACUGGAUUAGACACUAAAAGACCCGCCCACACUCCUCGGCUCAGAUUAAUCAUGGACAUUUCCAAAGCACCAAACCCCAGAAAACUGCAGCUCUGUCGGACAUAUUUCUUUGCUGGGUUUGCCUUCCUGCCAUUUGUGUGGGCCAUCAAUGUUUGCUGGUUCUUCCAGGAGGCCUUCCGCAAGCCCCCAUACCCGGAACAGAGCCAGAUCAAAAGAUUUGUAAUAUAUUCCGCAAUUGGGACACUACUUUGGCUGCUGGUGCUAACCGCUUGGAUUGUGAUAUUCCAGACGAAUCGGACUGCGUGGGGUGCCACCGCAGACUACAUUAGCUUUAUUAUACCCCUGGGCAGUGCAUAACCGACUAACAAAUACCCUAGAUAUACUACUAAAUUAUGAUAUUAAAGAAAGACUUAACCCCAAUCAUA